AUGGGGAAGGCAGCGCAGCAGGAGCUUGAUGCAGCCUCACAUUCAGUGCACAGUGAGGAAGCAGAGAGUAGAUAUUCCUUGCAUGAGGAACUUGAUGUCAUAAGAGGUCCAUCUGACUCCUGCAUUGAGAACAUGAUGCCCUUUAGCAGGGUUUACCCGGUGGAUAUUUUGGAAGAUGACAGAGAGGGCCUUCAGGCAGCAGCACUGGCUUACUAUGCCUCACUGGGGGAAGGAGCUGGGUCCUCAUCAGAGCUUUUCUCUCUUCCCACUGGAGAGCAGGUUAAGCUUCAAACAUCUUCUGUUUGCUUUUGUCCUGUGCAUCGUGAUGAACCUCAACAUAAAAUACUGGUUUUGGUGAGUCCCCAGGACACAAAGACAGUUGUGGCUGUCUACUUAAAGGAUACCUGGUGGUCUACAGAAGACAUUCUAAGAACUUCCGAUCUCACAAGGGAAGGGCUGGUGGAGGUUCGGUCCUUUGGCGAAAGGAUUGUGCUUUUCAUUCUCAACGUCAUUAUUUUUGGAAGAUUAGAGAGAAGUUUGGAUGAUGAGGGCAUGUUUUUUUUACCUCACUCUGCGAAGGAACAGGCCAAGAUCCUGUGGAGAAAUGGAGCAGCAGUUGGAUUUUACUCAACCAAAAUGAAAGGCAGCCUGUGUGGCAGUGGCACCAGUGCAUGUUACCUGCUGCCUGUCUUUGAUACCGUGUUUGUCAGGAGGACACACCGAUGUCAGGGCCUGGGGAUAGCCAUGCUGCGGGACUUCUGUGACUCAUUUCGAGAAGAGGAGGCCCUAGGGGUCAGUCGCCCGAUAUCUCCUGCCAUGUAUCAAGUUCUCAGGAGCUUCUUGUCGGCCUGUCCAGCAGAGCGAGACCGCUUGUGGGAGGUGGAGGCCCCAGGGGCCUGGGACCAGCGCGCCAACAUUUGGCUCCAGCUUUGUCUUCAGGAGGCGAGACAUGCAGACAGUGCAACACACCCUGGAGAUUCAAAAGAGGACACAAGCAGUCCUGGGCAGAUGUGGCCGGAUGGUGGACCUGCACAGUUUGAUCAAGGAGAAAGCCGCAAGGAACAGAUCCCUGGAGAAAAACUGGAAAAUGAAGAGAAGGAUCAAGGCUGUGAGGAAAGACAGGAGGAGGCUGGGCUGCCUGAGAGACCCUGCGAUGCUGAGCUGGAGGGGAAGAGAGCCGAGCAGACAGAGGCAGUCAGCCGGCUGAUGGGAGAGCCCUGGCCGGCUGGCCUCCAGACUCUGGGCCUGAUGACUCCAGGUGGCCCUGAUUAGCCUUGGGUCUUGGAGGAGAUGGUGUCCAUGGGCUCUGCUCCCACUUGGACUCCAAGACAAGGGAACCUAAGGGCCAUAUUCCCAAGCCAACCAUUGGCAAGUCCAAAAGACUUCAGAAGUUCAUUCAUUAGACCUCAUGUUUUCUCCUACUGGGCAUGAAGGUGAGAAGCUGCCGGGGACCAAGUGAAGGGCUCACUGAACACACACCUUAGAGGGGAUGAGGUGCCCAUCUGCUCUGCAGAAAUCUUUGGCAGGUUUAGCCCCGCUGUUGACCUGAGAACGUGGACCUUAGAAGUUUCCAGGGAGGCAAGUUCUUUUUCUAGGGACAAGCUGACCACUGUAGAGCCCCCUGAGGGCAGCAUGCCAGGGCUGAAUGGUGUCUACUGUGAGCUCAUGUCAGGUCCUGUGUGCAGUUAGGUUUGAAGUGGUCCCCAGGUGGGUUCCCCAGCCCCACCCCACUUGGUCCCAAAUAGAUGAAAGGCCACCGAGCCUUGAAUGGAAAGGCUGUGGUUAUAAAAAUGACAGCCCCCAGUAUGACCUUGCUUUUUACUGUCUUAAGCCCCCCACUGCCCCCUGCCAGCCUGGGCCUGGACCUGCUUCUGAGGCAAAUCCAAGCCAAGACCAGUCUCCAGGUCCACCAAGGACAGGCCUUGCAGAAGGGUGUCUGACAUUCCUGCCUUUUACACGUUCUGACUGCUUCAUGGAGUCUCAGAGCUACGUGCUCUCCGGGGACCUGGAUGCUGCUUUCAGUGCUGUUGGGCCCAGCCUCAGUGCUGGCAUGUUGGAUGUGUGGUGGGAUUCCCCCCUCCCCCCGAGAAAGCUGGUCAGCCACUUGUUUUCUGUUUGUUUCUUCAGUUGUCAGAUGACUCAUGCAGCAGGACCUUGGCUACUUAUUUGUCAAAACAUUUGGCUGCCAGCUCUUCUACCUCCCUCCCUCUCACCCUCCUACUUUCUCUCCUCCCUGCCUCCCUUUCUAUGGUCAUCUCUCCAUGUUUAUCACUGGAUAUAUGUAUCUCCUCAUUGACUCAUCUCUCCUCCCACUCACCCAUCCUCCAUUUAUCUGUCCUCCUUCAGUCCUUCCUUACAUCUUUCAUCCACCCACCCAUCCAUAUAGCCAAUAUUCACUGUGCUUUCUCAGGGACAAGCUCUGUGCUGGGCUUGGGCCAUAUACCUAUAACCCGAGGCUUGAUCCUCGCCUCAGGAAACUGUUCUCCAGAAGGGUUUCUU